AUGGAUGAAUUAGAACAACAUCCACAUCAAUUCAGUGAAUAUGAACAAUUACAAUUACAACAACUUCAACAAGAACAUGAACGAGAAUUACAACAACAACAACAACAUGAGGAAUAUAGCGUUAUAGUUGAUGAUCAAAAUAUAGAUUGGUUGGAAGAAGAGAGGGUUGGUAGAUCAAUCAAACGAAGGCAAUUUCGCAAGACUUCAAGUCCCUCUCUGACAUCCUCUUCUCAUUAUCUUUCAACGCCUCCAAUCAAUAACCAACUUCAACUUGUAAAUAGAAAGAAUGAAAUCGACUAUGGAUACAUGGGAUGUAUACAAUUAAGAAAUUCAAUACCUAAUCUUCAAAUUCUUCAUUGGAAAUUAAAUUUAAUGGCAGUUAGUAAUCAACAUAGAUUACUAUUUAUUGCAGAAUUACAUUCAAUAUCUGUCUUUGAUUUGGAUAAUCCUCAAACAAGAUUAAAAUCAAUUCAUUUAAAUAAUAAUCUUUUUCCAGUGAAUCAAAUUAGAAUAGGUAAAUUGGAUGGAGAGGAGGUAGUGGUGACAGUUGACGAUGGUGGAUUUAUAAGGAUCAUUGUAACAAGGGAUUUGGAUCGUGACCCUAUUUGCUUUUUUAAUGAAGGGUCUAGUACGUGGGGAAUUGCUAUCUGUCCGACUAAACCAUUGAUAGCAGUAUCUUCUAAUAACUUUAAAAUAGUGUGUUGGGAUCUUAGGAGUGAAGAUCCACAUUACAAUAGGAAAACCUAUCAAGGACACAAACACAAUAUACCUUGUCUGGAUUUUAGUCCGUGCGGUAGAUUUAUCGUAUCGGUGUCGAUUGACAAAUUCCUUCGUGUAUGGGAUGUCGAAAAUCAAUCAACUCUGUUGAUGCUCAGGCUUAGUCAGUGGGGAUGGGCGUGUAGGUGGAUAGAUCUAAGAGAAUCUACACCCGAGGAACACAACCAUAUCCACAAGAGCAGUUUACACGAAAAGGAAAGAAAAUAUCUUGGUUGGGUUGGCAUGACGCACGAUGAACAAAUUGCUGAAGUUGAACAAGUAAUGAACGAUCAAAUGGAAAAUGAAGAAAUACCAGUCCCUUUACCUCCAAAUAAUGACGAUGAAGAGGAAGAUGAAGACGAACAAGAAAUGGAAGCUGAUCAAGCUGAACAAGAAAAUUUAAUUGUUGAUGAAAAUAAUAAUAAUAAUAAUGAUACCGAUAAUAAUAAUAAUAAUAAUAACGAAAAUAAUGGAGCAAUUUUAGAGUAUGAUGAUUAUAUUGAUUUGGAUGAAGAUGAAGAAGAAGAUGAUGAUGAUGACGAAGAAUAUUACUAUGACGAUGACAAUAUGGAACAAGUGGAAGAAGAAGAAGAUCAAGAUAAUGAUGACGACGAAGAAUAUAUGUUUGAUGAUGAAGAUGAAGAUGGAGAUGGUAUGAUAAUAAUUGAUGGUGAUGAUGUUGGUAGUGAUGUAAAUAUUAAUCAAAAUGAAGAUGAAGAAGAACAAGAAGAAGAGCAAGACCAACAAGAAGAAGAAGAAGAGGAAGAAGAAGAAGAAGAAGAAGAAGAAUUAACUUUAAGUGAAGAAACAUUAAGAGCAUUGGAGGAAUUAAGACAAAACAAAGCAUUUGAUGGAGUUACAUUCAAUUUAAUCAACACCAAACACGAUAGACAAUCUCAACCUAGUCAUUUGGUAUUUUCAUGUUUUCAAAAUCUAUUUCUUAGUAGUUCUUCACUCGACGAUGCAAUGGUUGCCAACAAUCCAACGCCGACAGCCUUUCCAGUUGCUCAAACCCAACUCGAUCGUUUAGCUUUUCUCGAAGUAGUACCAGAGCUUUCAUUGAUUAUUGUUGGAUCACAGGGUCCGGCUAGGCAGGUGGCAUUGCUAAAGAUUAAAAAGAAUAAGACGCCAGACAACAAGGUGUCUACAGUAUUGGAGGCAGAGUGUGUACUUCCAGCUCCAUCAGGAGGUCCAUCCUUUAUUACUGGACUUUCGGUGGUUAAAAAUCAACCACCUGCCAAUUCACCAAUACCAUUUACAAUCACACUUCAUGUACUCUACAUUAAUGGUAUCUUUGCAAGUUAUCAAAUUAGAAGAGUAUCAAAUUCACUUGAUAUUACAUCUUAUCAUUUGUAA